GCGAGGAGCGGGCGAUGCAGACUAGGAGGGAACCCGCUGUGACCCGGCCGGGGUCCCGCGUGUCUAUUAUUCUCCCAGUCCACAAUGCUGAACCAUGGUUGGAUGAAUGUUUGAGUUCUGUUUUACAGCAAGACUUUGAAGGAACCAUGGAGCUCUCUGUAUUUAAUGAUGCCAGUAAGGACAAGUCUGGGACUAUCCUAGACAAAUGGAAGGUGAAGCUAGAAGGUUCCGGUAUCCAUGUGGUCAUUGGAGGGCAUGAUUCUCCUUCUCCCCUAGGAGUUGGAUACUCUAAAAAUCAAGCGAUAGCACAGAGCUCGGGGUCUUACCUUUGCUUUUUGGAUUCAGAUGACGUGAUGAUGCCUCAGAGGGUGAGACUGCAGCAUGCCGCUGCCCUCCAGCACCCAACAAGCAUUAUAGGCUGCUGUGUGAGCAGAGAUCCUCCUAACUCCACCGAACGGUACACACGCUGGAUCAACCAGCUGGCACCUGACCAGCUUCUGACCCAGGUUUUUACCUCACAUGGCCCCACAGUGGUCAUGCCUACCUGGUUCUGCUCUCGAGCAUGGUUUUCCUACGUGGGAACGUUUGACGAGGGAGGUCAGGGUGUGCCAGAAGACCUGCUUUUCUUCUACGAACACCUCCGGAAGGGCGGUGGGGUCGUCCGAGUGGACCAGAACCUCCUCUUGUACCGCUACCACCUGCACGCGGCCACACAUUCCAUCCUUGAGGCCACCAUCUGGACCCACCGUGUCCACUUCCUGGAAGAACAGGCUCUGCCUCGCUGGGCAACCUUUACCAUUUGGAAUGCAGGCAAGCAGGGCCGCAGGCUGUACCGCAGCCUGACUGCUGCCAACCGCCGAAAGGUAGCCGCCUUCUGUGACGUGGAUGAGAACAAGAUCCAGAAGGGCUUCUACUGCCACGAGGACUCUGAGGAGAGGCCCAAGCCCCGGGUUCCCAUCCUGCACUUCCGAGAAGCCCAGCCACCCUUCAUCAUCUGCAUGAAGCUGGACCUCACGGGGGGUGCCUUUGAGGACAACCUGCAGUCGCUGCACCUGCAGGAGGGCCGAGACUUCCUGCUGUUCAGCUGAGGACCUGGGCAGCCACCCUGGCCGUCUUUUCUCCAAAGCACCAUUUGGGUUUGAAAUCAACAAGCGUGGAACAUCUGAGAAGGAACUCAAUCCUGUUCUCAUCUAUGACAUCACCAGAGAUCCAGAUCGGUCUGGCAGACCCUCG